UGCCAGGCCGCGCGCGUCCUCCGCGGCGUUCCUGGGCCGCGCCAGCCGCGGACGCCCGAGGUCCCGGGGGCUGCAGGGUCCGAGGGGGCCCGGUGGCCACGGCCGUCCGCCCCUGGGCCCGGCCGCCUCGCUGGCUGCGACGCGGAGGGAGCCCGCGGACGCGGGUGUCCAGUGUCCCUGACCUUGGGGGACCGGGAAGGAUUUAAGCACUCCGUGUGCUGGGCACGAUUCUAGGCGCUUGGGAUUCCGCGGAGGAAAAAGUACAGGGGAGGCUGCAUUGAGGUGACAUCUGGGCUGAGUUGAAGAUGAGUUAUAUGCAGAUGCCUGGGGCCCCGCGCACCAUGGCCAUGACUAGCGUCCGACUGCCUGCCGGUGUUCUAGGAAAGCCAGACGCCUGGACGGGGCUCUGGGCUCUGCUGCGAGGGAUGCCUUCACCCAAGCUCACCGUUUCCUGGAACCGACACUUAUAUUUUUCUAGUACCAAGUUAAAUGCAUCCAAUUGUAAAGUACUUUUCCAUAACAUUUUCUCCCUGAGACUCCCAGGGCUUUUAAUAUCUCCAAAAUAUCUGUUCCCAUUUUCCAAAAGACUCAAAAGUAAUAUAAGCUCUAAAAAGUCCACUAAAAAGACUCUGCAGAAAGCUGAAGAUGAAGAGGACUCUGAUGAAGACAGUGAUGGAGGUGAGGUGGGCCAGCAGGAGGGGGAGCUCCAGGAGGACCCCGGCGCCAUCAGGGACUAUAAGGAUCUGGAAACAGUAGUGCCGUCUUUCCGGUAUGAUGUCGUCCUGAAGACAGGCCUCGACGUUGGGAGGAACCAAGUGGAAGAUGCAUUCUACAAAGGUGAACUCAGGCUGAAUGGGGAAAAAUUAUGGAAGAAAAGCAGAACGGUGAAAGUGGGAGACACUUUAGAUCUUCUCAUCGGAGAGGAUAAGGAAGCAGAAACAGAGACAGUGAUGCGGAUUCUCCUAAAAAGAGUGUCUGAGGAGAAGACUGAAAGCGAGAAAUACCGCGUGGUGUUACGACGGUGGAAAAAGUUAAAGUUGCCUAAAAAGAGUGUGCCUAAAUAAACGGAUUGCUGUAAAAAUAAAAGCAGCUCAGCAAUAAAGCUGCUUUCUCGUGGUGGGAGAUGGGCCAGCUUAAAAAGAGGACAUUUUUAUUAAAGUUCUCUUACCAUU